AUGUAGGAGGACUUAAAUUCCAGCUUAGAUUCUUUAGAAUUGGAUCUAUACCAUAGACCAAAUCCUUAAAUAAAAGCAAUUCUAAACUUUCUAAGAUCAAAAAAUCUAAAAUUCUGUACAGACCCUCGUAAAAAAGAGGAAGAUUACUAUUCUAAAAUGGAUAAUACAGAAGAUAAUAAAGAUCUUGGGUUGGUGAGAAAUAAGUUUUUUAUGAGAAAUAACAAACAUAUAACAUGUGAAAUAAAAUAAUGA